AUGCGGAGAUUUGCGUUCGUUUCUGAACAGCCUCCUAUCUCAAGCGAGGAUCUUCUAAGAAAGCACAUGUAUCCACAAGACUCCCACAUGUUUUCCCAUGAGUACGAAAAAAUACUCGCAGGCAGGCAAAUUAUUCCAAGUUUUGAGGGGGCACAGUAUAUCUUCAGGGAAAAGAAGACUGCCCCAAUUAGAAUAACCCGUGUAAAUGGGCUGGCCGAUGACUUUUACAGCAGUUUACUAGACUGGCAGGGGAGCAGUAUAGCAUUUGCACUUGAUGAAAGAAUUUUUGUCCAAAACUUUUUAACAGGAAAAACUCGCCUACUUGCACGCUUGAGCAAUGCGUACAUAACUUCUGUAAAGAUAUCACCCACAGGAAACACAAUCUGCGCAGGAACAUGUACAGGAGACAUUGCUAUAAUUGACAUGGAAGGAAAGAUCCUUGCAAAAAGACACCUGCACAAGUCCAGGAUAGGUGCAAUGGAGUGGAAUGGCAGGCAGGCUGUUACAGGAAGCAGAGACAGAACAAUCAAAACAAUUGACAUUAGAGUUCUUGAAGAGACCCAAAGCAUCUCCCUGCACACACAAGAGGUGUGUGGCCUGGCGUAUUCCCCGUCAAAAGACUAUCUAGCAACUGGGGGCAAUGACAACAAGGUAUUUAUAGUAGACAACCGAACGAGCACUCCAAUACAUAUCCUUUCUGCACACAAAGCGGCAGUAAAGGCACUUGGCUGGUGUCCAGAUAAGUUGGACACACUUGCCACUGGGGGAGGAACAGCCGACAGAACAGUUAAAAUAUGGAACUUAUCUGGCGCAAAGGAAACUCUCCUUGAUUCAAUAGACUACGGCUCGCAGGUGUGCAACAUACGGUGGACCAAAAAGAACGAAAUAAUCACAACGCAUGGGUACACCCAGAACGAUGUGCGAAUUUUAGACAUGACAAAAAACAAGCAAACACAUAUUUUUGAGGGCCACAGAAACAGAGUAAUUCAUUUUGGAAUGAGUUCGGAGGAAGAGUACUUUGCAACAGGUUCUGGCGAUGAAACUGUUUGUAUCUGGAGGGCGCGAGAGAAUGACUUGACAAACUUUUUAGUCAGGUAGCCAAUCGGCCGUGUUUAUUUGUUGUUUCAUCAUCCUUAAAUAAAUCGA